ACCACCAUAAAGAAUUAAAUCUCCAAAAUCAUUGCAAAAUAACCAGUCGUGCAGCAAUGGAAGCUCAAGGUCAAGGCGACGAAUUUGCAAUUGGAUGCCUACUUUCAAUCAAAACGACUCUCGGCGAAGAAUUCCAGUCCCAAGUCAUCUCCUUUGACCGCCCUUCUAAUCUCCUCAUCCUUCAAGAGGAAUCAAAAUCUGGGGCAGGCCCAAAGAGGAAUAUUAGGUUGCUCAAGGCUAAUUACAUUAAAGAAUUCACUUUUUUAGGGCAAGGUGAAGACCCCCUUGAUGUAAACAAGUGUUUUCUCGAUCUCAAUACUCUUCAGUCCAAAGAAGAGUCUGCUAUUAGACAAGCUGAGGCUGAGGCAGAGAGGAUUGGUGUGGGAGUUACACCACAAGCUCAAAGUCUUUUUGAUGCUUUGUCCAAAACGCUCCCUGUUCGCUGGGAUAAAAGCACGAUUGUUGUUAUGAACGAGGUCAGAGUUAGCAGCCCUUAUCUCCCUGAAUCAGUUAGCGGAGGAACCCCUGCUGCCAAUGAACGUGUGCGAAAAGUGGUCGAGUUUGAGAAGAAGAGAUUGCAAUCUCGCUAUGGCGGUCAAUGAAGAAAUUAGCAAAAAUUUCGUGGAGGUAGUUUCUCUGAACUUAAUGAAGAGAGAGAGCAUGACAUAUGAGUUUCUCUUGAUCCAGAUCCAAAUCCAAAUUAUCCAAGGCCAAGCAUGCAAUAAUUGAUUAGAAUGGGGCGAAUCAAUGACAACGACACCAACUUGUUGCUUGAAAGUGACGUUAUGGCUACAUUAGGCAAAUAACAAAAAUUCCAUUAAAUCAUCCUCGUCAUUUAGCAGGCAAGGAAACAGAGUGUCCACGUGUCAUCUCUCAAUUAGUUAUGUUGAUAGUCAUGUCCCUUGCCUAACCAUUACUUUGGUUCCUCAAAAUCACUUUAUCAUCUACAUGUAAUUGGAAUAUCAAUGUCACGCAUCGAAAAAGUGAUAAAGAUGUUUGGCCGUUCAAUUUUCA